AUGAUUAAGGGAGACGGAAGAACUAAAAUAGUCUACAUGUAUGACAAGGAGCUUACAGACAGAUACGAGAUUGAAAGGCUCGGCAUCUGUGUCUGUACACCCCGUAAAAAACAGCAAGGACAAUUCGCGCUUAGCACUGAACGCGCACAAGCCGACCGCGACAUAGCAAAGGAACGUAUAACAAUUGAAAGAAAUAUGGAAGAGCUUCGUAAUUAUGCUGGCUCUGGGGGUAUGAACAAAAUAAUAAGCGAAGUUGAUAUUGCAGACCACGAAGCACAAGUUGCGUGUGGUCUGGUCAAUUUAGAUCCACCAAUUACAGAUUGGUGA